AUGAUACUCACUCCUGGAAUCUUCGAAGAGUGGAAAGAUGAAAUUCGGCACAGUCGACGUGGCCAAGCUAAGAUUUCUAUACAGCAGCCCAAACCAAGCCAAGAGUCAACAGCGGAUGAGGAAGCUGCAGUUGAAGGGGCACUUCACGAGAUGCAUGGUGCCAACGGAGGUCCCAGUGAAAACCGAGAUCAACCAGGCAACAUCACCGAAUCAAACGAAAGAGAAGAAGAAACUCCUCCGUUGAAUGAUUUUGCUCUGUCGGCGACUAUCUGUGAGCUGUACAAUAUCCAUUGUCAAGCUGGCAAUUUGCAUCGAAGUUUCCCAGUAUUUCGUAAUCCUAUUAAUUCAACCGAGGCCAUUAUCCUCAAUCCAUCUGCAAUGGGGAUCUGGGCAGAGGCCAUAGACUUUUGCAAUGAACAAUAUGUCAAAAACUACCAAAUCUUCACAACCAAUCUUGUUGUCAACUCACUUGUAAACGAUUAUCACUUUCCAGUUGGACUCGUUGCCAGUCUUCGCGAGAACGUCCCACGUUUCACUGCACACCUCCGUGCAAAUCCAAGAAGACAAACUUCUGCAAGAGGUCAAUCUGAGGAUGAAGAUCACAAAUAG